AUGAGUACAAGGGCAGAUUUUAACAAUCCAUUUAAACAGAGGUCUUGGAUGAUUGAACAUGGUGCUGCGUCAACAGCCACCGGAGGAGGCCUUAAAGGUAUUAUAGCGGGAGGAAUAACAGGUGGAAUUGAAAUUUGUAUAACAUAUCCAACAGAAUAUGUCAAAACUCAACUGCAGUUAGAUGAAAAGGGCACGCGAAAGAAAUACAAAGGCAUCAUGGACUGUGUCCAUCAGACAGUCAGCCAGAGAGGCGUAACUGGUCUUUAUCGGGGUCUAAGUGUCCUAAUAUAUGGCAGCAUACCAAAAUCGGCAGCUAGAUUUGGAGCCUUUGAAAGUCUCAAAAACGUCAUGAAGAAUGACCAGGGACAAUUGAAUAGUAGUGCCAAGCUUUUGAGCGGAUUAGGUGCAGGCGUAUGCGAAGCUGUAUUCGCUGUGACACCAAUGGAAACCAUAAAAGUCAAAUUCAUUAAUGACCAGCGUAGUCCUAAUCCCCAAUACAAGGGUUUUGCCCAUGGCGUUGGCUGCAUUAUAAAGGCAGAAGGAAUCGGUGGAAUUUACAAAGGCUUAACCGCAACGAUUCUUAAACAGGGAUCUAAUCAAGCAAUCCGUUUUUAUGUUCUCCUCUCGUUGAAAGACCUUUACACGGGGAACAAUAACAAUAAAUCGGUGCCAAAGCCUCUGCACAGCCCAGCCUCUUUGAUAUUCCACAGUGCGAAACUUGAUUCCAGUCUAGAAAGCACUGAUCGUUCGCGUUGUCCAUCGUAG